UUCUAUCGCGUCGGAUCCUAAUCGAAGUCCUACAAGAUUAGUCCCAUCAGAAGCUCACGUCUAGGUGAUAUUUUUCAAGCUUUUCGUUCAAGUUUCGUUGAAGAUCCGAUUCCUGUACGACCCUAAAUGAAAUUCCUCAGGAUCCGGUUCUUCAAGUCAUUAAAAGUCUGAAGUUCUGGUAGGAGUUCCCGGUGGCUCACGAGUUCUGCGAUUUGCCAAGCCCAGGCCUAUCAGUCUCUCCUAUGUUCGACUCCUAAUGCAGACGGUACUUAUACCGAUAUGACUGCAUCAAAUGCUUCCUCGGAUACAUCGUUGCGAACAACUCGUGCUGUACCUGAGAGUUUGGUAACAAGAACUCGGGAAACGCAAAGUUAUCGUCGUUUCACUGGUGCAAGCUAUUGAUAUCAGCUUACCCGAAUUUCUGGGAUUUGAACAAUUCGCGACCGUCUUUUCUACAUGAAAUUGAUAUAUGGAUUGUGAUGAUUCUUAAGGACAGAAUGUCUCCAGCCCUUUCCUGCGAACAACCAUGUUUCAUGACUCCUUCCGCUCGACGCUAUUGCUCACACUCCUGACUAUUUACUGCGUUCAAGUGCGUGCUGCUUCAAGUUACAUCAAUGACUUCGUCGACCCCAAGUUUAUUGCUGCUAAACAAUUCGACAUUCGCACUAAUUGGGCGGGGAUAACGAUCUUGAGAUGGGCCACCGAGUUUUCGAAGAAAGGACCUUGGUCCGUUACGAACUCGACCGUCAUCCCGCCCUCGGGAGACAGACAUGACUAUAUGAGCUGGAUGUCGAACGCAUGGCCAAAUUGCACCGCAGUGAACAAUGCGACUUUAACAGAAGAUAAUAGAUGGAAGCUUUGCCCUUACGUCCAUCGAAACGAAGUGAAUCCUGAUACGGUCAAAGUCAAUGCCGCCAGUAAAUAUGCAUUCAACCAACUCGCCGACGCAGUGCUCUACAAUUCCAUUGCUUCGGUAAUCGCCAGAGUCAACAACGACAUGCAUGCAAGGAACGCCGUAUCCCAUCUACAGACUUGGUUUCUGGACCCCGAGAGGAGAAUGAAUCCUAACCUGAACUAUGCUCAAAUGAAGCGAGGUCCCAAAGGUCAAUUAGGUCAUUAUGGGGGAAUAAUGGAGUUAAGAGCGUUCGUAAAGAUUGCAUCUGGGAUAUCAAUCCUUAGGGAAAGCAGAAACUCUAUCUACACCCCAGUUAUCGACCAAGGUAUGAUAGAAUGGUGCAAUCAGUACCUCCGAUGGUUAAGGACAAGCGUUCAGGGUGUCCGAGAAAGCUCGUCAUUGAAUUACCAUUCAACCUUUUAUUCCGCACAGUUAGCGGCGUUGAAACUGAUAGUUAAUGACCGACAAGGCGCAAUCAACACAAUCGACACUUUCUUUCACGAUAAAUUCAUGGCUCAGAUCGACAGCACAGGCGAACAACCUUUGGAGCAGAAUAUACCUCAAGCCCAGCGUCAUCGCACGUCCAAUCUUGCGGCCCUCGUGUCCCUAGUCAGGAUGGCCAAAUACGCAAAUCCCUUGUCUGGUAGUUACUGGAAUGUAACCACCAGUCAGGGUGGGACUAUCCAAUCUGCUCUUGACUUCGCCAUGAUACAAGCAGCCAACCUUAACAACAUUACUGACAGAUCCGGGGACAUACGCCAUUUGGAACCCUUAGUGGCCGCGGUGGCCUCUACGUUCGGUGAUCCUGACAAGAAGUACGAGACGUUCUUGUCACAGGCUGACCCGACUUAUGCACGGAAACCUUACUUCUUCUGGAAUCAACCCCUUUCUGGUGGUCCGUCUGAAGAUCACGAUAGAAUGAAUGGGACAGGUCGCCCGCGGGCUUUGAAUGGCAGUAGCAGACUUAUCGGUAUAGGCCAGGGUGCCUUAGUUCUCGUUGGCCUUUCAAGUGUUCUACUAGUAGCAAUGGAGUUAGUUUUGAGUACAUGA